GUCUUUUCUGCUCAGUCUUCACUCUGAGGGGUUUUUUCUGGGUGUUGCCUUCGUGAUUUGCGACUUUUGGACUUUGACCGGGUUGGCGCUGAGAAGCGGAGACACGGAGAAUAACUGCUGUCGCGGCACCGAAAACUCCCCGGGCCCGUUUCGUUUGUUUUUCUUUCUUUUUUCUAACUUUUAAGUUCCACUUUUCCGCAGGCUGCUGUACUUUAGCCGCUGUUAGCCCGCUAAGCUAACGACAGAGCCGUCCGAUGCAGGCCAUUAAGUGUGUGGUGGUGGGCGACGGGGCUGUGGGUAAAACAUGCCUGCUCAUCAGCUACACGACCAACGCCUUUCCCGGGGAAUACAUCCCCACUGUCUUCGACAACUACUCUGCCAAUGUGAUGGUUGAUGGCAAACCAGUGAACUUGGGUCUGUGGGACACAGCAGGGCAGGAAGACUACGACAGGCUGAGGCCACUGUCCUACCCACAGACGGACGUGUUCCUGAUCUGCUUCUCACUCGUCAGUCCAGCUUCCUUCGAAAACGUCCGUGCCAAGUGGUACCCCGAGGUGAGACACCACUGCCCCAACACACCCAUAAUCCUCGUGGGCACCAAGCUGGACCUCCGAGACGACAAGGACACCAUCGAAAAGCUGAAGGAGAAGAAGCUGUCGCCCAUCAUCUACCCGCAGGGCCUGGCCAUGGCCAAAGAAAUAAGCUCAGUGAAGUACCUGGAGUGCUCGGCUCUGACGCAGCGCGGCCUUAAGACGGUGUUUGACGAAGCCAUCCGGGCGGUCCUCUGCCCGCCGCCCGUCAAGAAGAGGAAGAGGAAAUGCAGCCUGUUGUAACGCGGCGCCGCGGCCAGUAGAGGGCGCCGGUUUGCAGUCGGAACUCCCUCCGUCCUCUGGAGCAGAGGCAGCGAAGGCCGAGUUCCCCCCUAAAUAUCUGUUCACCCCGUGUCCUUGCUUACAUAGAAGCUUUGAUAGAUCAGUCGUUCCUCUGAAAGGACGGGACAGUCUCCAAGCAGUCACACCUGUUUUUAUCUGUUUAGUCAUUUCAGAUCGACUGGAAUGAAGUGAUUUUGCGAAGGCCUUUGGGGAAUGUGAGGGUGGGAGGUUUGAUUUUUAGAUCUGAAGUCGUUUACGAAGGAUUUUUUUUUCUUUUUCUUUUUUUUUCUGAGACAUUGUGAAGAAACACUACUUGAAUUUAUCAUCAGAUGAUCGUAGAUGUAACUAUGUAAAGAAGGAGGUCCUGCACUGCACUCUUUCCCCAAAAACACUAAGAGAUUCCUGCUGCCUUGAUGAAAUUUUACUGAAACGUUUGUUAGAAGAAACCACACAUUUCCUUUUUCUUUGUCUUCUUCUCUUCUUGUCAGCUGUUUGGGUUGGCGAGCCGUUGUGUUUACACCCGAUGAGACUGUGAGGUGCUGCCAAAACUCAGUCGACGGUCGUCCCUCCGUAGUCCCUCUGUGAACACUAACAUGUUUUGUUUUUUGGUUUUUGGUGGGUGGGGGGGGGGGUUCGGUUCGGGUCAUAGUUUGUUUGAACAAAGUGUCACCUCGCAGUCAUGAAGAAAUGUUUUAACCCUCGGAUGACUUGAAACGGCGUGACCGAACCCGCCGGGAAGCGUUCCGUGGUUCGGUCGUAACUCAGCAGGUCCAUUGAAUUUGAAGAGGAGCAGCGAUCAAGUUGUGCGAGGAACGGCUCGGUCCGGACUCGGCGUUCUGAGAUAUCAGUGUUUGAUUGGCACAGAGGAAGCUCGCUCUCUGAUUUACUUUCUUACUAAAUGUGGUUUCAUUUUCAUGUAGUUAAAUGCUGAUUUUCUUAUUUUUAAAGCAAAUAAAUCCAUUGA